AGGAGCCUCUCCUGCUGCUGCCUGUCCGCCUUCAGUCUCACUUACUGCUGCUGCUUUGUUGUCCAGCCCGAGGAGGUCACUCAGUCCGAUCAGCAGUCCGCUCACAGCGCACUUAGGAGCCGCAAAGGAGCCACCGACUCUCCGCAGAGAACACUUCUCUCCGCAGUUUGACAAAACAACUACAUCCAGCAUCAUGGGGAAAGGCUGCCUCACAGCUACCAAGUACUUCCUGUUCCUCUUCAACCUCAUCUUCUUUCUGUGUGGGGUCAUCAUCAUGGGCUUCGGGCUAUGGCUCCUGCUGGACAAUCAGAGCUUCAUCGUCGUCCUGAAUAACUCCACAUCUGUGAAGGUGGCCUGCUACAUCCUGAUUGGCGUCGGGGCCUUCUCCAUGCUCAUGGGCUUCCUCGGCUGCCUGGGGGCCAUUUACGAGAUCCGGUGUCUGCUCGGCCUGUACUUUACCUGCCUCCUGCUGAUCCUCAUCGCUCAGGUAGCAGCCUGUGUCCUCAUCUACUUCCAGAAAGAGACGUUAAAUGAUGAGAUGUCAAAGAUUGUGACCAAGGUGCUGAACAAUUACACCGGCAACAACUCGACCACGGAGCAGGCCUGGGACUUCAUCCAGAGGAAUAUGGAGUGCUGUGGCUGGACCGGCCGCCUGGACUGGAGCGGUAACAUGGUGAUCGUCAACAGCUCCCAGCUGCUGUUUCCCUGCUCCUGCCAGAACAUCUCGGCUUCCACCUGGAACUUCUCCGACAGCAGCUUCUGUGAGGCUCAGACACCCGACUGGCCAGUAUACGACACGGGUUGUUCUGCCAGCGUGGAGAGCUGGCUGCUCACCAACAUCGGGGUCGUUCUGGGGAUCUGCCUUGGAGUAGCUCUGAUUGAGUUGGUGGGGAUGAUCUUGUCCAUCUGCCUGUGCAGGAACGUUCACACAGAAGACUACACCAAAGUGCCAAAGUACUAAAGCAGCUCACGGGAGGAAGCUAACUGUGGACCUGAACGGCAAGGAAGAGAGGAAACCGUAAAAUAAUGCUUUUUCUUUGCCAUCCUGUAUUUGGUGAAACAUUUUGUCCAAAUGUAAAAUAAUUAGUUUGUUUUAUAACUUGUUAGAUUAUUCUUCUCGAGCAAAUUCCAUCUUUUUGUCGUUUUUUUUUUUUUUUGGUGCACUUUAGAGAAAGAGUUUUUGAUUAAAUUCAUAUAGAACUACAGUUUAUUAGGAACCUGUUAGAGAAAUCCCAGUUUUAUCGUCUGUAGCGUAAGAAGCUAAGCUAAUGUUAGCAUGACAACUGAUUUGGACAACUGGAAAAAUCUCCUUUGUGAGGUGUGUUGUUUUUUUGUUUUGUUUAUUUUAUACACCUGCAUUCUUAUGAGUUUUUGUGAAAUGUCUUAAGUCUUUUGUAUAUAAGUUAAGCCAUUUUGUUGUAUGAAUUUGAAUACAGAAAAAUGUCCUCCAGUAGUUUAUUUAGCAGCUGUUAUUUUAAAGUUGUCAGUUUUUGUGUAUUUUUGUUCUUAAAUUCAGUCCUGGAAAUAAUAGAAAUAAUGAGGUACUAAAGAGGAAUUUAUGAUACUUGUUUUGUGAAAGUAUCACUCCGAGUUUACAAUUGUCUUCGACAAGCAAAAACCAGAUUUUCCUUUUUUUUAAGGUAGCUUUAAAUUUAUAUUUGACUUAAAAUAGAUCAUGUUUAAGGAGUGACAUCUUUCUUUUAACUACUUUUUGAAACAUGUGAACUUAAAUGUGGAAAGGGAGGUGAAAUUAUUUAGGCAGAAGACAUAUUUUUGGAAUCAUCCAGUCUGGAAAUUUGUUUAUAAAGAAAAAUCAUUUGAAAUCCAUUUAUGUACACUUUUUAAUUCUCAUCCAAGAUGUUGUGUUGUUUUUAUAAUGUACAAAUCCACUUCUUGACUUUCUUUUUAUGUACAGUCUGUAUGAAAAACAACCCAUUAACCUUUAUAAUAGUUUCUUAGACGGAAAGGGUACGUAUGUUUGUAACUAGAUGGACUUUUGGUAGCUUGACACGUAAGUGUGUACUCACAAUAUUCAUCCUUUCAUUUGACCAAUAAACUGAUUACAGUC